AUGAGUAUUCAAUUAGUGGAUAGAUCAAUUAGAUAUCCCAGGGGUAUUAUUGAUGAUGUACUUGUGAAAGUCGAUAAAUUUAUAUUCCCCAUUGAUUUUGUUGUAUUGGACAUUGAUGAGGAUAUUGAGGUACCUAUGAUUUUAGGUCGACUCUUUUUAGCCACUACUAGAACUGUUAUUGAUGUGGGUACUGGUGAACUUAUGCUUCGUGUAGGUGAUGAAAAAAUUACUCUUCAAGCACGUGAUUUUGUGAGAGUCCCUAGUGAGCGAGAUUAUACUAAUUGUUCUGUUAAUGUUAGCAAUCAUGCGGCUCAACAUUUUUUGCAGGAAAUCCCUCAUGAAAACUUGUUGGAGCCAUAUUUUAUUCAAAGUGAUAGAACUUGA